ACCCCGUACGAUCUGAGCGCAACGAAGCCAUCGCGAUGCAUCAUCAUGUUCUCCUGCUCGGGGGCCACGGCAAAAUUGCCCAGCUGCUGACCCCGCUCCUUCUGCGCCGGGCGUGGGACGUGACGAGCAUCAUCCGCAGUGCUGAGCAGGUGCCCAGUGUCCAGCGACUGGCCGAGCUUGCGCAUGGCAGCGGUGAUGAUACGAAUGUGGGGAGACUGACAGUCCUGGUUCGGAGUUUGGAGGAGGUCAAGAGCGAGGUGGGCGCGAAGCAUGUGUUGGACGAGGUGAACCCGGAUUAUGUUGUUUGGAGCGCUGGAGCUGGAGGGAAAGGCGGGCCUGAGCGGACCUACGCCAUCGACCGCGACGCGGCAGUUCACUUCAUCCGGGCCGCCGCGUCCACGCCUGGAGUCACCCGCUUCCUCAUGGUUUCGUAUCUGGCCUCCCGCCGGACAAAGCCGGCUUGGUGGUCGGAUGAAGACUGGGCUUCGGCCGAAGAGGUCAACACAAAGGUGAUGCCCCACUACUACAAGGCGAAACUGGGAGCCGACGAGGUCCUCUACGCCGCAUCGAAAGAGCGCUGCAGCAGUUUUGUCGGCAUCAAUCUUCGCCCCGGGAUGCUGACGCUUGAGCCCGCUGGGAAAGUCGAGCUGGGAAAGACGCAACACUCAACCGGGAAGGUCAGCCGCGAGAGCGUCGCAAAAGUUGCCGACUUGUUACUGGCCAGCGAGGGAGUCAAGAACGUGUGGCUGGAUAUGCUGGAUGGCGACGAGGAACCUGCGCAGGCCGUUGAGAGGGUCGUGCGAGAGGGCGUGAAUGCCGCAGAAGGGGAGGCGGUGUUCUAGGAAAUCAUAUUAGAGUCCCCGCAUGGAAGGCGGCCAGAUGAAAGGAUAGCAGCUUAGUCGAAUUGUGUUUACAGCCAGGUUGAUGUUGGCAGUAUGAGAGCCUAGCAAUAAGUUUACUAAGACCGAUGGCAAAUGUCAGGG